AUGACAGAGAAUAAGCUAGCCAUUCUACUGCUAACCAACAAGAGGAACGUGCUAAUAGACAACUGCCACAACUACGCUGGCCCCAUGGAUAAUCUCAAGCUUUCCAUGGCUGAUGAAGAUGACGAGUUCCCCUCUUUACCGGUUACUCCAUGCAAACCUCCAGCCUCCAAAAAACCCAACAUGGACUCUGACAUUGUGGCUACCCUCUCCUUACUCAACUCCAGGUCUGACGCCAUUGAGAAAAUGAUAGGCGCAAACACCGUGGUAAUCGAAGGCUUGAAAAACACCGUUUUUUUUUUGUGUUGAAAUCAAGGAUGUGAAAAUGAGUGGCUAACGUUGAAAAGAGUGUGGAAAAGGUGGAACGGAAGACCAAUGUCUACCAUGGAUGUCUCACUGAUCUGGAGCAAUACACAAGAAGAUGGAACCUGAGACUCUACGGCGUGCCUAAGGUGAAGAGAAGAACAAAGUUGCUGAUACCAUCGACGUUGUGCAUCGCCUCGGCAAGAAGAAACCGCAAAACUAUUCAAGAUCAAGGGGGAUCAUAAUCCUCUUCACCGCCAGAUUCUACAGGGAUGCUGUCUGGAAAGCUGCAAAGAAGAACGCGUUCCUUCAGAGCCACGGUCUGCAUUUCGCCGAGCAUCUUUGCCCGGAGGACAUAGAAAGUAGGAACAAGCUGUGGCCAGCAAUCAAGAAAGCACGAGAGGGAAAGGCUUCCUACUUUGUUGCAGGACGAGGCUUCUUCAACGGUUCGGAAGUCAAUAUUCCUCCCUAGAAUCUUACCAGCAAGAACAGACUGAUGAUUUCAGCCAUGGUAGUCAAAACAUUUUGUACUGACUACCUAACCAGCCUCGGGUGACUAUUUUUCAGACCACUCAGGCACCUCCAAUCAUUUAGGAGCUUUUUCUUGUAUGACCAGACCAAAAAAGCCCUAUUUUGUUUAUACUCAAAUGAGUUUUAUUUUCCUGUUCAAAAAGUUACUGUUUUAAAGGGGCAUACAGGUCUGCUCUGAUUUUACUUUAUACUGUUAUUGUUCUAUUUAUUUAUUAAUGCUUAUUUCCAAGUGAAAGGUCUCAGGAAUAUAUUUGCUUACUAUUUAUUUUAUUUUUCAUGAGCACUUUUCAUAUGCAGUUAAAAUAGUCGGUAUCUCUCUUUUCUUGGUUUUACUCAGAAUAGUCCCUGAUUACACUAAAGAGGGUUUUUAUUCUUGUUUUGGUCUUUAACAUAUUCUUCUGUUGUUGACGUUCAAGAGCUGGUUAACAACUAGCCCAGAGAGUUUAUGAUGUAGGCUUUAAGUGGACUUACUUUAAGUGGACUUACUUUAAGUGGACUUACUUUAAGUGGACUUAAAUGGUGCAUAUCUCAGUUCCUUAUAGCUUACGUUCACUGCUCCUAUGUGGUUUUUGACUCAUCCUACAGUUUAUACUUUUCUAUUCUCUUUGUUGUUUUGUCUUUGUCUAUAGAUUCUCUUAAUGCUAGGGGGUUACAAAACAAUGUGAAGCACAAGGCCUUAUUUUUAUUUGCUAAACAACUUUGAACAGAUUUUUGUUUUUUCCAAGAGUCACAAUUUCCGCUGAUGCCAAUUUCUGGAAGUCACAGUGGGGCAAUGAUAGUUGGCUUUCCCAUGGCUCUGAACGCUCUGCUGGGGUCACUACAAUGAAAAAUACCUUUGGGUCAAAUUCUACACUCGGGACUGUGACCCCUUUGGUCACUUUAUUUGUCUUGUGAUCAGUUACAAUGACAUUAUAUUACUAUAAACCUGUAUGGGUACAACACCAAACAUGAGAAUGAUGAGUUACUUGAAUCUGUAGAGAAACUUAUACUUCAUUGGUUAUCUAAAUUUCCCAAUUCGUUAUUAUUGAUAGGAGGGGACUUAAACAUUUUACUAUGGAUAAUUCAACUGAUAGAUGGCCCCCAGGUAGGCCAACCAAUCAGAAUUUGGAUUUUAUACUUUUUAUGGAAAGGUUUGAUCUUACUGAUAUGGACAGCGAAGGUUUUAUACAAAUCUCCGCUGUUGAAAACUAAAUGUUAGUCUAAAAGUAAUGUGAGAUAAUGUCUAGAUGCUUUUUAUAAUGGAGAUCAAGUUUAUAAAUUGCCUGGCUGGGCGGAUGAGACAGUGGAUUGCACAGUCAAAUGGAACAGAGUAAAUAGGCAUUUUAACAUCAUAGAUUUAGCCGGUGGUAACUUGUGGAAUUAGGUUUUAACCAAUCAGCAUUCCGGAUUAGACCCACCCGUUGUAUAAAGAACAAUGAUCCACAGGUAUUGAUGGAAUUACAACAGAAUUGUACAAGUUAUUCUCUGAACAAGUAGCUCCCUUCCUACUUGAGGUCAUUUUUUAGAGUAUUAAAAACAAUGUUCUCCCUCCUACAAUGAAUCAGGGUUUAAUAACACUGAUUCCUAAGCCUAAAAAGACGUGCUUCUCAUCUAACUGGCUUCCAAUUUGUCUUCUUAAUAAUGACUAUAAGAUAUUAGCCCUACUACUUGCAAAGAGAAUUAAAGAAGUCCUGGAUGAAAUAAUUGAUGAAACAGUCUGGCUUCAUGAGAAACAAGACAUAUCUCUAACAAUAUCAGAUUAGUACUAGACAUAAUUGGCUACUCAGACCUUUUAACCGAGGAUAGCUUUAUAUUAUUUUUAGAUUUUUAUAAAGCAUUUGAAACAGUAGAGCAUCAGUUCCUCUUCCACUCCCUUAAGAAAUGUGGCUUUGGGGACUUUUCCUGUAGGGCUAUUAAGACGAUACGAAGGGUAACAGCUCUAUCAAACUGAAACAUGGCACCUCAUCUAGAUUUGAGUUAAAGAGAGGAAUUAAACAAGGUUGUCUUAUUUCACAGUAUUUGUUUUUAUUAGUCACCCAACUUCUUACAAAUGGUAUUAAUAAAGUCCUGUACAAGGUAUUAUACAAUAAAUGAUUAUAAGCCAGCUGGCUGAGGAUACUACACUUUUUCUGAAAGGUGCUAGUCAGAUUCCCAUGUUGAUCAAUGUGAUAAACAAGAUGCUUUGGAAAAGGAUUCUACACUGAACAAAAAUAUAAACGCAACAUGCAACAAUUUCCAAGAUUUUACUGAGUUACAGUUCAUAUAUGGAAAUCAGUCAAUUGAAAUAAAUAAAUUAGGCCCUAAUCUAUGGAUUUCACAUGGCUGGGAAUAGAGAGAUGCAUAUGUUGGUCACAGAUACUGGACCUUCGCAUAGAGUUGAUCAGGCUGUUGAUUGUGGCCUGUGGAACGUUGUCCCACUCCUUUUCAAUGGCUAUGCAAAGUUGCUGGAUAUUGGUGGGAACUGGAACACGCUGUCAUACACGUCAAUCCAGAGCAUCCCGAACAUGCUCAAUGGGUGACAUGUCUGAGUAUGCAUGCCAUGGAAGAACUGUGACAUUUUCAGCUUCCAGGGAUUGUGUACAGAUCCUUGUGACAUGGGGCCGUGCAUUAUCAUGCUGAAACAUGACGUGAUGGUGGCGGAUCAAUAACACGACAAUGUGCUAUCAAACUGCCAUCGAUAAAAUGCAAUUGUGUUCUUUGUCCGUGCCUGCCCAUACAAAAAACCCACCACCACCAUGGGGCACUCUGUUCACAUUGUUGACAGCAAACUGCUCGCCCACACAACACCAUACGUCUGCCAUCUGCCCAGUACAGUUGAAACCGAGAUUAAUCCAUGAAGAGCACACUUCUCCAGUGUGCCAGUGACCAUCAAAGGUGAGCAUUUGCCCACAAGUCUGUUAUGACGCCGAACUGCAGUCAGGUCAAGACCCUGGUGAGGACGACGAGCAUGCAGAUGAGCUUCCCCGAGACGGUUUCUGACAGUGCCGAAAUUCUUUGGUUGUGCAAACUCUGUUUCAUCAGCUGUCUGGGUGGCUGGUCUCAGACGAUCCCGCAGGUGAAGAUGUCGGAUGUUGAGGUCCUGGGCUGGCGUGGUUACAUCUGGUCUGCGGUUGUGAGGCCGGUUGGAUGUACUGCCAAAUUCUCUAAAAUGACGGAGGCGGCUUAUGGUAAAGAAAUGAACAGCUCUGUUGGACAUUCCUGCAGUCAGCAUGCCAAUCUGUGGCAUUGUGUUGUGUGACACAACUGCACAUUUUAGAGUGGCAUUUUAUUGUCCCCAGCACAUGAUGCACCUGUGUAAUGAUCAUGCUGUUUAAUCAGCUUCUUGAUAUGCCACACCUGUCAGGUGGAAGGAUUAUCUUGGCAAAGGAGAAAUGCUCACUCUCAGGGAUGUGAACAAAUUUGUGCACAGAAUUUGAUUGAAAUAAGUUCUGAGAUCUUUUAUUUCAGCUCAUGAAACAUGGAACCAACACUUUACAUAUUGCGUUUAUAUUUUGGUUCAGUAUAUGUCUUACCAUUUGAAUGCGAACCCAUGGCUGUCAAAGAUUGUGACACCCUCAUAUUAUGGUAUUCCAGUGAAAGAUUAACUUACAUAUACUGUAUUUAGGCAUAACCAUUACUAAGCAUCAGAAGUCUAGAGGCUUACUACAUUCUAUCCCUGUUAUAAACAUUUUUUAAAAAAAAGACGCUAAAGCAAUGGCUACAGCAGGACUUAUCUUUGAAAGGAAGAGUGGUAAUAACCAAGGUUGAGGUUAUCUCUAGAGUAAAAUACGCUGCGCUAUCUAUGUCUUGACAGUAAAAUAAGCAAAAAGAGAGACCAGAUGUUAUCAACUUUCUGUGGUUAAACCGUACACAUUACAUUAGGAAAACUGUUGUAAUGAACACUUAUGAGUAUGGUGGGCUUAAUUUUCUGGACUUCUCUACUUUAAAUAAUACUUUUUAAGAUCCAUUGGAGCUUUAUUCCUCUUCAUGUCUGCUCUACUUUUGUUGGCCUUAACUUCAUGUUGGUUUGCAAUUAUAAUAUUGACAAAGUUCAAGUGAAACUCUGCUUUGCAUCGGCAGGUUGUCUUGUCAUGGUCCUUAAUUUAGAAGCAUCAUUUCUAUCCACGCAGAUAUUAUAUCUGGAAUAAUCGGGACAUAUUGUAUAAAAAUAAGUCUUUGUUUUUAGAAUAUUGGUUCUGAAAUAAUAUCCUGUUGGUGAGCCAACUUGUAAAUGUAGAGGGUCUUUUACUUAAUUAUGAGGAUUUCUUAUAACUUUACAAGAUCCCUGUAAGAUUUUACCUCUGUUAACUCAUCAGUAGGAAAGAUUUUCUUUUUUUCUUUUGGUCCAUACAACAACAGAGCUAUACAGUGCAUUCGGAAAGUAUUCAGACCCCUAUACUUUUUCCACAUUUUGUUACAUUACAGCUUUAUUCUAAAAUUGAUUAAAUUCUUUUUUUCCCUCAUCAAUCUACACACAAUACCCUAUAAUGACGACGUGAAAACAUGUUUUACAAUUAAAAAUAAUUUAAAAAAAUACCUUAUUACAUAAGUAUUCACACCCUUUGCUAUGAGACUCAAAAUUUAGCUCAGGUGCAUCCUGUUUCCAUUGAUCAUCCUUGAUGUUUCUACAACUUGAUUGGAGUCCACUUGUGGUAAAUUCAAUUGAUUGGACAUGAUUUGGAAAGGCACACACUUGUCUAUAUAAGGUCCCACAGUUGACAGUGCAUGUCAGAGCAAAAACCAAGCCAUGAGGUCGAAGGAAUUGUCCGUAGAGCUCCGAGACAGGAUUGUGUCGAGGCACAGAUCUGGGGAAGGGUACCAAAACAUUUCUGCAGCAUUGAAGGUCCCCAAGAACACAGUGGCCUCCAUCAUUCUGAAAUGGAAGAAGUUUGAACCACCAAGACUCUUCCUAGAGCUGGCCGCCCGGCCAAAAUGAGCAAUCUGGGGAGAAGGGCCUCCUGUAGCUCAGUUGGUAGAGCAUGGCGCUUGCAACACCAGGGUUGUGGGUUCGAUUCCCACGGGGGGCCAGUAUGAAAAAUGUAUGCAUUCACUAACUGUAAGUCGCUCUGGAUAAGAGCGUCUGCUAAAUGACUAAAAUGUGAAAUGUAAGGGCGAUGGUCACUCUGACAGAGCUCCAGAGUUCCUCUGUGGAGAUGGGAGAACCUUCUAGAAGGACAACCAUCUCUGCAGCAGUCCAUCAAUCAGGCCUUAAUGGUAGAGUGGCCAGAUGGAAGCCACUCCUCAGUAAAAGGCACAUGAUAGCCCACUUGGUGUUUGCCAAAAGGCACCUAAAGGACUAAGACCAUGAGAAACACAAGAUUCUCUGGUCUGAUGAAACCAAGAUUGAAGUCUUUGGCCUGAAUGCCAAGCGUCACGUCUGGAGGAACUCUGGCACCAUCCCUACUGUGAAACGUGGCGGUAGCAGCAUAAUGCUUUUGGGAUGUUUUUCAGCGGCAGGGACUGGGAGACUAGUCAGGAUCGAGGGAAAGAUGAACAUAGCAAAGUACAGAGAGAUCCUUGAUGAAAACCUGCUCCAGAGUGCUCAGGGCCUUACACUGGGGCGAAAGUUCACCUUCCAACAGGACAACGACCCUAAGCACACAGCCAAGACCACGCAGGAGUGGCUUCGGGACAAGUCUCUGAAUGUCCUUGAGAGGCCCAGCCAGAGCCCGGACUUAAAUGGUUGACCUCCAAUUUCAUAUGCUCCUAUGAACUUCAGAUAGUGGUGCUCAUUGGUCCUUUUAGAUAGAAAUGCCCGGAGUCUUUCAGCAAAUGGUACCCCACGUCCUCUCCUCAAGACCACAUUACUGAAUCCAGGCUCUGUCAUAGCUGGCCGCGACCGGGAGACCCAUGGGGCGGCGCACAAUUGGCCCAGCGUCGUCAAGGGUAGGGGAGGGAAUGGCCGGCAGGGAUGUAGCUCGGUUGGUAGAGCAUGGCGUUUGCAAAGCCAGGGUUGUGGGUUCCAUUCCCACGGGGGGCCAGUAUAAAAAAUAAAUAAUAAUGUAUGCACUAACUGUAAGUCACUCUGGAUAAGAGCGUCUGCUAAAUGACUAAAAUGUAAAUGUAUAAGCAGUGAGAAUGUGCAUUUGGAUCUGAGACAAAAACAAUUGCACCACCAAGGGCUACAUAUCAUGUUCUACUUCAUCUUGUAAACUGGUGACCAGUUUUGAAGGAAUAGCUUAAGUUGCAAACCAGACCUAGGAGCAAGAGCACUAGGUCUGGUGAGGAUGUCAGAUUCUCUUGGCCAGUAGAAAGGGGGAAGCGGAGGGGGUGUUUGGAGUGUGCUCAACUCUCCCAACAAGUCACGAGUUUGAGUAGGUGCGGCUUAAAAUGCGGGCGGGAAUUUUGCGGAAUUAAAUUGGUGUCAUAAUUUAAUAAAAUCGUCAGUCAUAAAGCAGGAAGUGUGUUGGUCGACCAGAAUUAUUAUUUUGCAGAAAAUAGUAAUGUACAUAUAGUUUAUAGAGUUAGAAAGUAGCUUACGUCAACUAAUGGCUGUCUCUAGUCAGUGAGCCGCGAGCAAGCCAGAGCGUAGACUCGUUGCUAGGCAACUCAGACGCAGGCUGCAGGGAGAGAGAGGAGCAGCACGAAGCAGCUAACAGUUAAGCUAGCAACCAAAAAAGUUUCACAGCCUUUCUCUUAUGUUCUACUGGUUUUCAUAUCAACUUUCUUUCGUUGUCCAGAAGCCAAAGGCACAAACAGAUGUUCAUCUCUUGUCACAUGAAACGUCUCUCAUCAGGUGCGUCUUUUAGAACAGUUUUUUCCCGCAAAUUGCAUUUUGGCAAAUGUUUGAAAAUGAUGUAUUCUAUUCUCUGCUUCAUUACAGUAGUUGCAUGUUCAAUAAUAUGAGAGGAUAGGCGUGCUAUUGUCGCAUGUUAUUUAAGCUCUUAAUGAAAAAUGUCCAUUCCUUCCAUGGCACUCAUUUUACUGUUUGGAACUAAUUUAACCGUUUGUUAACCGGUUAAUGGGGUCGGCAACAAAAUUGACCGAAAUCUGCAUCCCUAGUACACACCCCUUGACUUUCUCCACAUUUUGUUGUGUUAAAGCGGAAUUUAAAAUGGAUUAAAUUGAGAUAGUUGUUGUCACUGGCCUACACACAAUACCCCCAAAUGUCAAAGUGGAAUUAUGUUUUUCGAAAUAUUUACACACAAAAAAAAAAAUGUAAAGCUGAAAUGUCUUGAAUCAAUAAGUAUUCAAACCCUUUUGUUAUGGUAAGCUUCCAUAAUGCUUAGGUCACAUAAGUUGCAUGGAAUCACUCUGUGUUCAAUAAUAGUGUUUAACAGGAUUUUUGAAAGACUACGUCAUCUCUGUACCCCACACAUACAAUUAUCUGUAAGGUAACUCAGUCGAGCAGUGAAUUUCAAACACCGAUUCAACCACAAAGACCAGGGAGGUUUUCCAAUGCCUCGCAAAGAAGGGCACCUAUUGGUAGAUGGGUAAAAAAAAAAAAAAAGACAUUAAAUGUCCCUUUGAGCAUGGUGACGUUAUUAAUUCAUUAAUUAAAACAGUUAGUUUAAUGGCUGUGAUAGGAGAAAACUGAGGAUGGAUCAACAACAUUGUAGUUACUCCACAAUAAUAACCUAAAUGACAGAGUUAAAAGAAGGAAGCCUGUACAGAAUACAAAUAUUCCAAAACAUGCAUCCUGUUUGCAAUAACGUACUAAAGUAAAAAUGCAAAACAUUUAGCAAAGAAAUUAACUUUAUAUCCUGAAUACAAAGCGUUAUGUUUGGGGCAAAUCCAAUAAAACACAUUACUGAGUACCACUCCAUAUUUUUAAGCAUAGUGGUGGCUGCAUCAUGUAAUGGGAAUGCUUGUAAUCGCUAAGGACUGGGGAGUUUUUUAGGAUAAAAAGGAAACGGAAUGGAGCUAAGCACAGGCAAAAUCCUAGAGAAACUUGUUUGUCUGCUUUCCAAUAGACACUGGGAGACAAAUUCACCUGUCAGCAGGAAAAUUACUUAAAACACAAGGCCAAAUCUACACUGGAGUUGCUUACCAAGAAGACGGUGAAUGUUCCUGAGUGGCCGAGUUACAGUUUGGAUUUAAAUCUACUUGAAAAUCUAUGGCAAGACCUGAAAAUUGUUGUCUAGCAAUGAUCAACAACCAAUUUGACAGCGCUUGAAUAUUUAUUUUAAAGAAUAAUGGGCAAAUGUUGCACAAUCCAGGUGUGGAAAGCUCUUAGAGACUUACACAGAAAGACUCACAGCUGUAAUCGCUGCCAAAGGUGCUUCUACAAAGUAUUGAUUCAGGUGUGUGAAUACUUAUGAAAAUGAGAUAUUUAUCCAUUUUGAAUUCAGGCGGAUUGUUUCCUGUAGUCCACAAUCCGCUCCUUUUGUCUUGCUGACGUUGAGGGAGAGGUUGUUGAACUAGCACCACACUACCAGGUCACUGACCACCUCCCUAUAUGCUGACUCAUUGUUGUCGGUGAUCAGGCCUUCCACCGUCGUCAUCAGCAAACGUAAUGAUUGUGUUGGAGUCGUGCGCGGCCACGCAGUUGUGGGUGAACAGGGAGUACAGGAGGAGACUAAAGACGCACCUCUAAGGGGCCGCCGUGUUGAGGGUCAGCGUGGCGGACAGGGCCUAAAAUGUUAUUUUUGUUCCACCAGCCGCUGUGUUAAGUAGAUUUUAAAAAUCUACCAGCCACUCAGAUUUUUGAACCAGCCAAAGUAUUUUUGUUCGCAAUAAUUACACUAACAAAACACAAAAAAACAGAUGAGCAUGCUUUGUAAUGUUUCUAAAACAAUAAAUGUAUAACUAUUAAGAAAUAGUGGUAUAUUGUUUAAUUUCAUAUCGUUUUUUGUGACCAAAGUCUUUUAACCAAAAUAUCACAGAUAAGACAAACAUUUUCACCUGCCCCUUUAAGGGUGGGAGGUUACCGUGGUAACGCAACUCCAGUCAUGUUUGUGCCAGUGAGAUUGAGUGUCUGACUGGUAGCACAUUGUCUUCUCUUCCCUAGCAGUUGAAACUCAAACAUUGAAAAACUACCUAGCAUUUGAAUAAAACAAUGUAAAUAGCCAAGAAACACAAGGACAAAGUCUCACUUCAGUAGACUUUUGUUUCAAGUAAAUUAGACCAACUUUUAUGCCUGUACGCAGCGCUUCUAAAAAUGUAUCUUUCAACUCCUUCAGUGUUGCAGCGCGAGGUGGGAUAGGCUAUAGGAUUUGUAGUUCUUUGACUUUGUGCGAUCAAUUUACCAGAUAUGAAACAAAAUGGCAGAAAUACUUUGAAAACAGCUACUGCAGAAUUUGUUUUCCUAUAAAUGUGAUCAUACUUGACUAUUUUUAUUCACAAAUGUGAGUGAAAUGUUUGCACGGUGGAGCCCUGACCAACCGCAAAUGUGGAAGGUGAAGUAGAAAAUCUACCCACAUUUGACAGGUGGAGGGUGUUCAUUUUAGGCCUUUGUGGCGGAUGUGUUGUUUCCUCCCCUCACCAUCUGGGGGCAGCCUGUCAGGAAGUCCAGGAUCCAGUUGCAGAGGGAGGUGUUAAGUCCCAGGGUCCUAAGCUUAGUGAUGAGCUUGGAGGGCACUAUGGUGUUGAACGCUAAGCUGUAGUCAAUGAACAGCAUUCUCGCAUAGGUGUUCCUCUUGUCAAGGUGGGAGAGGGCAGUGUGGCGUGCAAUAGAGAUUGCAUCAUCUGUGGAUCUGUUGGGGCUGUAUGCGAAUUGGAGUGGGUCGAGGGUGUCUGGGAUGAUGGUGUUGAUGUGAGCCAUGACCAGCCUUUCAAAGCAUUUCAUGGCUACAGAUGUGAGUGCUACGGGGUGAUAGUCAUUUAGAUAGGUUACCUUGGUGUUCAUGGGCACAGGGACUAUGGUGGUCUGCUUGAAACAUGUAGGUAUUACAGACUGGGUCAGGGAGAGGUUGAAAAUGUCAGUAAAGACACUUGCCAGCUGGUCAGCACAUGCUCUGAAUACGCAUCCUGGUAAUCCGUCUGGCCCUGCGGCCUUGUGAAUGUUAACCUGUUUAAAGGUCCUACUCACAUUGGCUACGGAGAGUGAGAUCACACAGUUGUCCGGAACAGCUGGUGCUCUCAUGCAUGGUUCAAUGUUGCUUGCCUUCGAAGCGAGCAUAGAAGGCAUUUAGCUCGUCUGGUAGGCUCGCGUCACUUGGCAGCCCGUGGCUGAGUUUCCCUUUGUUAUCCGGGAUCGUUUGCAAGCCCUGCCACAUCCGACGAGCGUCAGAGCCGGCGUAGUCAGAUUCGAUCUUAGUCCUGUAUUGACACUUUGCCUGUUUGAUGGCUCGUCGGAGGUCGUAACGGUAUUUCUUAUAAGUGCCCAGAUUAGUGUCCCGCUCCUUGAAAGCGGCAGCUCUUUAGCUCAGUGUGGAUGUUGCCUGUAAUCCAUGGCUUCUGGUUGUGAUAUACAGUCACUGUGGGGACGACGUCGUCGACGCACUUAUUAAUGAAGCCGUUGACUCCUCAAUGUUAUCGGAUUAAUCCCGGAGCAUAUUCCAGUCCUGUAGUUUAGCAUCCGCUUAAUCGGAUCACUUCCAUAUUGAGCGCGUGACUGGUACUUCUUGUUUUGAGUUGUUGCUUGUAAGCAGGAUUCAAGAGGAUAGAGUUAUGGUCAGAUUUGCCAAAGGGAGGGUGAGGGAGAGCCUUUUAUGUAUUUAUGUGUGUGGCAUAAAGCUGAUCUAGAGUUUUUUUUGCCUCUAGUUGCACAGGUGACAUGUUGGUAAAACGGAUUUUAGUUUCCCUGCAUUAAAAUCACCGGCCACGAGAAGCACUGCAUCUGGAUGUGCAUUUUCUUGUUUGCUUAUGGCCCUAUACAGCUGGUUGAAUCCGGUCUUAGUGCCAGCAUCGGUUUGUGGCAGUAAAUGGCGAGCUAUGAAAAAAAAUUGAUAAACUCUGUUCGCAAAUAGUAGGUAUUCUAACUCCGGCGAGCAAAAACUAGAAACUUCCUUAACAACAGCUGGUGCGCAACCUCUAAUGUUAACAAAGAAAUGCUAGAACUUCUACAGACAUGGAGCAAUGGUACAUUGUGGGAGGCAUCCCAUGUGUCUAGAGACGAAUCUGACAAUGUUGGUCUUUUACCCAUAGUGGACGAUAAUUCCACCAAUAACGAUAUUGAAUAAAUGUGAUCAAAAAAUGAUAUCUCAUGCUUAUCUGAACACAUGCGGCCAUUCUCAUAAUGUCGUUAUUGUCACAAUGUAAGAAAUCAACAGUUGAAGCAUAUUUCUUGGACAUUUGCUCUUUUGGAUGGCAAUUUUCGUGCUGUAAAACAGUUUAUCUGCAGAUGUACCAGUAUCGGAAGGUUUUGUUGCAAAAAAACCAUAUAGUUCAGGCUCUAAUAUGAACUCGGUCACUGGUUCGAAUAGCUUUCAGACUUGUGUUGAAAUGGGCAGUCUCUCAUGUCUACUCACUUGAUAUUGAUCGCCUCUGGCCCUUGUUACAGCAUAUAGCCAGUCUCCCCUCUCCGUGUGAGCCAAAGAUAACUUGCUGACGAAUAUGAUCCUAACUACUACUGUCAGGUACAGUCACGUUUCUGAGCUUUCAUUCGUCUGAUAGCUGCUCUCUCUCCCUCAAGCCUGAUAUCUUAGCCUUUUAAGGAGAAGCAACAGACUCUGGGCAGAGCGUAUGGGAAGGCUGUGACCUCCUGUUCCUAGAGAAAGUAGUCGUUUUUGGUUUUCUGCCGAGAGAGCGAGAUCCGUAAGAAAAUGCCUUAGUGAGGACGGACACUUUGCUUUUAAUACGGCAUGUCUAAGCCAGCAGAUCCACCAUUUGAGGAACAGCAUACUGAAUUCCUCUAAGAUAUGUAAAUAUUUUCAUGUAUCAUCUUGAUUCACAGAAUUUGCCUGCGCCAGAACAUUUUUCUUCGAAGUAGAACAUUUUGUUUAGGCCUAAUCCUCAUGACGGCUAUAAGCAGUAGCAAAGCAAACAGGCCCAGAACCUGGGUUGGUGACACACAGGGGCCAUAGAAUACUUUCUAGGAAUCCAUUCAUGCACUUAGUUCACCUGAAUUAGAAAAUGUACCUGUCUUGAAGUAACAGGUCAGUAAUGGGUCCUACUCUUGGUGCAGGUUCAAGUGUGAACUGUGAAGUUUAAACGUUUGUUUGUGAACCAGAAAGUUAUUCCAGAGGUAGGUUACUUUUCAAUAGUUUAUCCAUGCACCUGUUUCUAAUCCCUCAAUAACAUUGUAAUUAAUGGGCUGGAUGUUGUCCUAUGAACACAAAGUAGGCCUAUGUGUGAGUCUACGAGAGCAUAUUCUGUGUCCUUGUAUCACAAUUUGUAGUGGUCUGGUAUUGAAUCCUGGUUGUUGGGCUCUUUUUAGAUCAUAAAGAAUAGCAUUCCUUCAUCUUCUCUGGGAGUCCAGGCUUCCGGGUUGUAUUUUGAGUAGAGCCAGACUGAUAUAUCAGUUGACCGGUAUUAUCGGCCGAUAUUGGCCCAUUUGUGUUGUCUUUUACCCGAUAUAUCGUAUCAGUUUUUAUACAAUCAAUAUUUAUGUAGGAUGACCCCAAAAAUAUUAUGCUAAUUAGAGCACUUUAAAAUGUACUGAUAAUCUGAUAUUAGAUAUUGAGGCCCACCUCCUUUACUUAAACACCACCUGCAACUAGAUUCAAUGCUUUUUACAUGAGAUGUCUGAAAGAACCGGGCCAAUAUGAUGACAUUCUUGGAUUUACCAGUUAAAAUAAUCGGAUGAUACACAGAAAAACAGAGCUCCGAAUGAGAAUGAAAGAACCACAUGGUGAAAACAACAACAAUACAGCCUCACGGUGAGAGUUCUUUUUUUCAACAAUUAUGUAAUUACAAGUUGGCUUCCUCCUCAGCUUUUAGCUGUUUUAAUAGUGCAGGAGACCCUGACACUCACCAGUUUGUCUUUGAAAGCCCGGGCUUUGCAAGAGGAUGGUGGCAUCCUGUGCUUUUUAGCUCUGCUCAUCAGUAGCUUUUUGUAUUCCUGAAGAGGCUGACUCGACUUCCCCCUCUCACUUGCUGGAGAAGUGGAACUCUUGCUCUGAGCAUGAGCUUUCAUUACCCCCCCUCGGUCUUCUGUGACAGCUUGCUGGUGCUGCCUGGCUGGGCUCGCCAAAGAGAAAAUGUCCGGAAGCCUUGAGGGAGGACGUAAACCUAGAGGGCGUGCACGCUUAGAUUGGUCUCUUUACUAGUUGAAACAUAAUAUAGUGGGGGUCUCUAGUGCCUUUUCACACUACUGUAUGUUUCACUACUGAUUUUGUUUAAUGGAUCCCCAUUUAGCUUUUGCAGAAAUAGCAGCUACUCUUCCUGGGGUCCACAAAAAAACACAAAACAUGACAAGUAACAAACACUGAUAGUCCCACAUGUAAAAUACAACGAUAUACAAACAAUACAUCAUUAAAAAAAAUAUAUAGUGUUAUGAAACCAUUUUUGUCCAAAUGUGUUUGUUGAAUAUUUUAUUGAAUGGAUAUAAUGGGCCUGGUGUCUAGAGUGAAAGAUGGCAUGAUAUGAGGGACAGGAAAUGAAUGGUCCACCUUCACGGUCGCCCCCGGUCACCUCCCAGCUAUUAGAUAUAGGGAUGAACAUUGUGUUGAAAUUCUGAAAUAACUCCCUGAACAUCAGUUCAAUAUUGAAAUCUAGCACCUAGGUAAUGUUUUUUGUCAUAGCAUUCUUCUAUAAAACAUUAUCUAUGCACAUCACUUUUUACUCUUUGAAAAACAUUGUUGAUUCAAAUCUCUACUCAACCUUCAUAAAGAACGCUUUUCAGAGUGCUGAAAUGGAAUUGUGUUCAUAGUUAUGUAAUUGAUCAAUCAACAUGGAAAAAAACAUAGUCCCAGGCAGCGUUCAUGUAGUAUGAUGCUACUGUAAUCACUUAGGCCUAUCUAAAGUACAUUUUGCUUAACAAGGCGUGUGUCUGUCUGUCUUUGUGUUUGGUGUGCGCACAUGGGUGUGUGUGAAAUCUACAUCCACAGGGCUUUACAGUGCAACCAUUUUACUCGCAUAUACGCCUUAAAUGUUUUGCUGUGCGACCUGAAAUUUUGCGCCUAAACAAAUGAAGGAUUCUAGCUGUAUUACCUCAAAUAUUUUUCAUUGUGCUCCCAAAUUUCUCUGUGUGCUUACAUUUUUCAAAUUAGGCGCACACAUGCUCCUUGUAAAAAAAGGUUAGCGUAGAGCCCUGAUCCAUUUUUGUUUAAAACUGCCAUUCCUUCAAUCGCAAGUGCAAGAGGGCACAUAUUUUCUUGAAAUUGAUGCCAAUGUAUUUGUUAUGGCAGGUUUGAUAGAGUCAGACCUUAUGGAAUCCAAGUUGUUCUGAUUUAGAUUAAUAGACCAGCACUUUUCACCCAACAGCUACAGUGAGGGGAAAAAAGUAUUUGAUCCCCUGCUGAUUUUGUACGUUUGCCCACUGACAAAGAAAUGAUCAGUCUAUAAUUUUAAUGGUAGGUUUAUUUGAACAGUGAGAGACAGAAUAACAACAAAAAAAUCCAGAAAAACGCAUGUCAAAAAUGUUAUAAAUUGAUUUGCAUUUUAAUGAGGGAAAUAAGUAUUUGACCCCCUCUCAAUCAGAAAGAUUUCUGGCUCCCAGGUGUCUUUUAUACAGGUAACGACCUGAGAUUAGGAGCACACUCUUAAAGGGAGUGCUCCUAAUCUCAGUUUGUUACCUGUAUAAAAGACACCUGUCCACAGAAGCAAUCAAUCAAUCAGAUUCCAAACUCUCCACCAUGGCCAAGAUCAAAGAGCUCUCCAAGGAUGUCAGGGACAAGAUUGUAGACCUACACAAUGCUGUAAUGGGCUACAAGACCAUCGCCAAGCAGCUUGGUGAGAAGGUGACAACAGUUGGUGUGAUUAUUCGCAAAUGGAAGAAACACAAAAUAACUGUCAAUCUCCCUCUGCCUGGGGCUCCAUGCAAGAUCUCACCUCGUGGAGUUGCAAUGAUCAUGAGAAUGGUGAGGAAUCAGUCCAGAACUACAUGGGAGGAUCUUGUCAAUGAUCUCAAGGCAGCUGGGACCAUAGUCACCAAGAAAACAAUUGGUAACACACUAUGCCGUGAAGGACUAAAAUCCUGCAGCGCCCGCAAGGUCCCCCUGCUCAAGAAAGCACAUAUACAGGGCCAUCUGAAGUUUGCCAGUGAACAUCUGAAUGAUUCAGAGGAGAACUGGGUAACAGUGUUGUGGUCAGAUGAGACCAAAAUCGAGCUCUUUGGCAUCAACUCAACUCACCGUGUUUGGAGGAGGAGGAAAGCUGCCUAUGACCCCAAGAACACCAUCCCCAUCGUCCAACAUGGAGGUGGAAACAUUAUGCUUUGGGGGUGUUUUUCUGCUAAGGGGACAGGACAACUUCACCGCAUCAAAGGGACGAUGGACAGGGCCAUGUACCGUCAAAUCUUGGGUGAGAAACUCCUUCCCUCAGCCAGGGCAUUGAAAAUGGGUCGUGGAUGGGUAUUCCAGCAUGACAAUGACCCAAAACACACAGCCAAGGCAACAAAGGAGUGGCUCAAGAAGAAGCACAUUAAGGUCCUGGAGUGGCCUAGCCAGUCUCCAGACCUUAAUCCCAUAGAAAAUCUGUGGAGGGAGCUGAAGGUUUGAGUUGCCAAACGUCAUCCUCAAAAUCUUAAUGACUUGGAGAAGAUCUGCAAAGAGGAGUGGAACAAAAUCCCUCCUGAGAUGUGUGCAAACCUGGUGGCCAACUACAAGAAACGUCUGACCUCUGUGAUUGCCAACAAGGGUUUUGCCACCAAGUACUAAGUCAUGUUUUGCAGAGGGGUCAAAUACUUAUUUCCCUCAUUUAAAAUGCAAAUACAUUUAUAACAUUUUUGACAUGCGUUUUUCAGGAUUUUUUUGUUGUUAUUCUGUCUCUCACUGUUCAAAUAAACCUACCAUUCAAAUUAUAGACUGAUCAUGUCUUUGUCAGUGGGCAAACGUACAAAAUCAGCAGGGGAUCAAAUACUUGUGUUGGAAGUACAGAAAUGUGGAAGCACAAAGUGCUUCUGUACCUACAAUUUUGAACCUCAUUUUUUGUUGGUAUCGUACAUUUUUUGCACAGCCGAGUUAAGUCUCCUCUCCGCCUCAACACCCUUUCCUAAAUAAACCUACAUAGUCCCACCUCUACCAUGAGAUACACAGGAGGUUGGUGGCACCUUAAUUAGGAGGACAGGCUCAUAGUAAUGGCUGGAACGGAAUAAAUUGAAUGGUUUCCCUGUAGCUCAGUUGGUAGAGCAUGGUGCUUGCAAUGGUAGGGUUGUGGGUUCGUUUCCCACGGGGGGCCAGUAUGAAAAUGCAUGCACUCACUAACUGUAAGUCGCUCUGGAUAAGAGCGUCUGCUAAAUGACUAAAAUGUAAAUGUGAAAUGUUUCCAUGGGUUUGAUACCAUUCCAUUUACUCCAUUCCAGACAUUAUUAUGAGCCUUCUUACCCUCAGUAGCCUCCUGUGAUGAGAUAGUAUUUCAUGUCAUAGAAAGGUCAUACAUACACCAACACCUUAGGAUGUAUCAUGUUAAACCCGAGUUUCACUUAUUCUAGUCUCUUUAAUUUCUCCAUGGAGUGAGUACAUAGUGUGUGACCACAUCUCUCUGUGUGUGUUCUUUUAGGCUACCAAGCAGUUUCUGGAGGAAAUCAACAAGUGGACCACACAGCAUGGAGUGUCCCCUCUGUCCUGGGAAGUGGCUGUCAAGUUCCUCAUGGCGCGCAAGUUCGACGUGCUCAGAGCCAUCGAGCUCUUCCACAGCUACAGGGUGGGUGUGUGUGUGUGUGUGUGUGUGGUGCCAGUGGUGGCUGGUAACUUGUGAAGUUGGGAGGAUGAUUAUUUUGAACUAAACUUUUUAGGAGGGUUAAUUUUAUUUAAAAUGUUUUAUUUUUCCUACAUUUUGAGGGGGACCAUCCUCUUCCUCCCUGGAAGAGCCUCUUCUGGCCACAUGCAGGUGUAUGUUUCCGGUCAUGUGUAUGUGUACAUGUCGGCAUGCAAGCAUGUUUGUGGAGUGAUAACACAACCAAAUUGCACAUUUUUCUUUUUCAGUCUACACUAUUUUUAACAAGCCAUGGACACAUUUGCUGAAAACAAAAUGGCCAAAGUAGAUUCACCAGAAAAUCCAGUCCAGACGCACACACACACACACACACACACACACACUGGCCCCCUACACACACAACACAUGCUUUCUGCAGAAAGAUUUACCUGUAUUGUCAAUAAGCUCAUGGGGGAACGUGACAUUACAAGCACUACCCAUUCCACUCCUAAGGCUUGGCAGACUUUUGAAAAAUGAAUUAACUUUCCCUCUGGGGAAAAAUAGAUGAGUUCAUCUAUUUUUAAAGGGUGACUGCACUUCCUGAUUUGGCCUUGUUUUUCAUCAAUGCUUAUUAAGACAUGCUAGCGGCCAUGACUAAAGGGAAACGAGUUGUCUUGGGGGUAUGGUUUGAUGUGGGUGUUUCUUGGGUGUGUCUUUGCCAUUCAAUCAAAACAAACACGGGCAGUAGUGAGCACAGCCAGGUAAAGUAAGCUAAGCUAGCUUUGCUAUGGAGAGAUCGAAGUUUGGAAGUUGAGGACUUCUCUCAUCCUGACUGACUCGCCAUCUCAAGAUGGUCAGCUAAUUAAGUUCUAUGUGUAGGCUAAAGCCUGCUCUGACCUUGUGUUUUAAGCAAGCUGACAGCAGCUAGAAAGCAUAGCUUGGUGAUAGUUGCAGCUGGCUGAUAUUUCUGGUAAAUCAGUUAUAGCAAGAUAGCCAGUGUUUCGAAUGUGUUUCAUAAGACACUCGUUCUACAACACCUUGCUACGAAAGUAGCUUGCAACUUAGUUUCAACGUUUCAUCACGUCAUGUAAAUAAUUUACAUGUUACUGUGGAAACUGUAUGAACUGCGAGUUGAAUGACCGCGGGUCUUCAGGCAGCUCAGCUGUCCUACAACACAAUAUUCAAUAACUGGCUAGUUUUGUCCCGUCUCUCCUUAUGUCUGCUGUUAGAUCUUUCCCGGGAGACAAAUCCCAGAACUACUCAUAUCCGUACAACAGGUGUAGGCUACAUGUGGACAUUGCACAAAACAUCGCCCAGCUUGUGUGUAGAUACAUUUCUCAACUAAAAAUGGAUGUGUGUUCAUGUUACAAAGACCAAACAUUUGAUGGUGUAAAUAUCAUAUUGAUGUGCUUUACCUGACACCUAGUGUCAUGACUUGGUCGUAACCAUGUCAUAAUAUGUCAUAACAGCUGACAUAACCUGUCAUAAUAUGGUCAUAACACUGUCAUGACACACAUUAUGCCUGUUGUGACAUAUGGUGUUAUUUUAUGGCUGGUUAUGACACCUAUAUAAGAGUGUCAACCUACCACCCAAGGCAAAACAUUCUAUUACACCAUAGCCUACUUGUCAAUAGUAUUUUUAUGUUAUAUCACAUUUUCUGAAAUUGACCAUAGUAAAUGAUUAUUGUAAUCCUGCACACAUUGCUGUCAGACAUGCACCUACCCCAAUGCUUUGUUGCUGAUGACUGGGAUGCAAGAGAAGAUUUCAAAAGUAUAACAAGACACCCCCUGAUGCAAAUGAGAUGAAUGCUACCACUAUUCAUGGCUUUAUUAUGUGUGCCUGCGUCAGCGACAUAGGCUACAGAAAAAUAGCCAUGCAUCCCAUGUAUUUUGCCAGGCAAUGUCGACAUUAUUCUCACAUACAGUACUUUAGAAUGUAAUCAUACAUUGAAUAUCAAUGCAUUGGCAAGGCCUAAAAAAAUUCAUUAUUCUUAAAGUGGUAAUGACCUACUUUUUUUUAACACGUUGCAUGCUUUUUUGGGGGAGGGGGGUUCUACUGUAUAUUACGCCCUAUAUGUACAAUUAUUUAAAUUAUACAAUUGUAUAACACUGAGGCCCUUCAAUUACAAUUAAGUGUUUGAAAAGUCCCUGAAAGUCCUUGAAUUUGACUUGCCAAUGUCUGUAUGAACCCUGCUUAAAGGAUGUAUAGUCCUAGACCUAUGUUGUUGUAUAGGUGGAGUUAUGGGCUAAUUUGCAUAUUCAGUGCAUUCGGAAAGUAUUCAGACCGCUUGACUUUUUCCGCAUCACAGCCUUAUUCUAAAAUGGAUUAAAUACAAAUUUUUCCUCAUCAAUCUACACACAAUUUUUACAUAUUUGUUGAAAAUAAAACACAGAUACCUUAUUUACAUAAGUAUUCAGACCCUUUGCUAUGAGACUAAAAAUUGAGCUCAGGUGCAUCCUGUUUCCAUUGAUCAUCCUUGAGAUGUUUCUACAACUUGAUUGGAUUCCACCUGUGGUAAAUUCAAUUGAUUGGACAUGAUUUGGAAAGGCGCACACACCUGUCUAUAUAAGGUCCCACAGUUGACAGUACAUGUCAGAGCAAAAACCAAGCCAUGAGGUCGAAGGAAUUGUCUGUAAAGAUCAGAGACAAGAUUGUGUCGAGGCACAGAUCUGAAGAAGGGUACCAAAACAUUUCUGCAGCAUUGAAGGUCCCCAAGAACACAGUGGUCUCCGUCAUUCUGAAAUGGAAGAAGAUUGGAACCACCAAGACUCUUUGGCCACCCGGCCAAAAAAAGCAAUUGGGGGAGAAGGGCCUUGGUCAGGGAGGUGACCAAGAACCCGAUGGUCUCUCUGACAGAGCUCCAGAGUUCCUCUGUGGAGAUGGGAGAACCUUCCAGAAGGACAACAAUCUCUGCAGCAAUCCACCAAUAAGGCCUUUAUGGUAGAGUGGCCAGAUGGAAGCCACUCCUCAGUAAAAGGCACAUGACAGUCCACUUGGCGUUUGACAAAAGGCACCUAAAGGGUUCUCCGACCCAUGAGGAAAAAAUAUUCUCUGGUCUGAUGAAACCAAGAUUGAACUCUUUGGCCUGAAUGCCAAGCGUCACGUCUGGAGGAAACCUGGCACCAUCCCUAUGGUGAAGCAUGGUGGUGGCAGCAUCAUGCUGUGGGGAUGUUUUUCAGCGGCAGGGACUGGGAGACUAGUCAGGAUCGAGGAAAAUAUGAACGGCGCAAAGUGCAGAGGUCCUUGAUUUUAAAAAAACUGCUCCAGAGCGCUCAGGACCUCAGACUGGGGCAAAGGUUUACCUUCCAACAGGACAACGACCCUAAGCACACAGCCAAGACAACACAGCAGUGGCUUCGGGACAAGUCUCAAUGUCCUUGAGUGGCCCAGCCAGAGCCCAGACUUGAACCCGAUCUAAUAUCUCUGGAGAGACAUGGAAAUAGCUGUGCAGCAACACUCCCAAUCCAACCUGACAGAGCUUGAAUGGGAGAAACUCCCCAAAUACAGGUGUGCCAAGCAUGUAGCGUCAUACCCAAGCCUUACAGCCUUGAGGCUGUAAUCGCUGCCAAAGGUGCUUCAACAAAGUACUGAGUAAAGGGUCUGAAUACUUAUGUAAAUGGAAUAUUUCUGUUUUGCUAAACUUCCUAAAAACCUGUUUUUGCUUUGUCAUUAUGGGGUAUUGUCUGUAGAUUGAUGAAGGGAAAAAAACAAUUUAAUCCAUGGGUAUGCUUGUCAUCGGCAAGGACUAAUACGUUUUUUAGGAUUAAAAACUAAAUGGACCUAAGCACAAGCAAAAUCCUAGAGGAAAACGUGGUUCAGUCUGCUUUCCAACAGACCCUGGGAGACAAAUUCACCUUUCAGCAGGACAAUAGCCUAAAACACAAGGCCAAAUAUACACUGGAGUUGCUUACCAAGACGACAUUGAAUGUUCAUGAGUGGCCUAGUACGUUUUUUAAAAACUUACAUUGGCUUGAAAAUCUAUGUCAAGACUUGAAAAUAGUUGUCUAGCAAUGGUCAACAACCAACUUGACAGAGCUUGAAGAAUUGUUUUAAGAAUAAUGUGCAAAUAUUGUACAAUCCAGGUGUGCAAAGCUCUUACAGACUUUCCCAGAAAGAUUCACUGCUGUAAACGCUACCGAAGGUGAUUCUAACAUGUAUUGACUUUUCUUUUUCAUUAGUUUUUUUAACAAAUUCCACUUUGACAUUACAGAGUAUUUUGUGUAGAUUGUUGACAAAAAAAUUACAAUUUAAAUCAAUUUGAAUCCUACCUUGUAACACAUCUAAAUCUGGAAAUAGUCAAGGGAUGUGAGUACUUUCUGAAGGCACUGUAUCUACUUAGCUAAUGUACUCACCAACACCAGUGGUUUGACAGUUUACAGGCAGCAGAAGUGACCAUGUUGCAUGUAAUCCAUUCCAAUCCUGGCCAUCUGGCAAUAUUAUUGAAAUGCAUUGCAAGUUAGCACCAACUUUAUGGAAGCCCAUUUUCACUCCCAUUUGCGCGUUGCACCCAUAAGCAGACUUGACAACAAAUAUCCAAAUGACAGCUUGGGUGGACCACAAGGUGUUGUCUCUGGGCAAUUGGGCAUCAUUUGGCAAAAGUGGGCAUGAAAGUAAUCCAUACCCAACUCUCCAGUAAAUCGUGACGAACUCUCAAAACUCAGUUUUGGAUGAGACUGACUUAAUGACCAAAAUGAUCCUAUUUACACUUUGUAGUACAUUUUGACACUAAUUUGUUUCUGACUCAUAUCGAUGCCACAUAGGUUAAAACCAAAUAAAUUGGUUCUAAGGGGCAGUUGACCUUUAAGUAAUCCUCUAUUUGGAUGGUGCUGUGUUUAGUCACUGUGUGGACAAAGUGCUCUUUAACUGUUGAACACAAAAUGGGACUUAGCCGUUCCAAUCCACCACAGCAAAUGGAAAGUUCCCAAACGUCUUGUUCUCCCUCUAAUUGCCUGAAUAGCAGCAGGACGUGGCUAGAUUUUGCUGCCUCCAUUAAGUCACUUUAUCAGAGGUUUUUGUUAUUUGAGUGGUGGUUGAUUUCAAGGCCUGAAUAAUCUUGCCUCAUUUAUGAAAAACACCCUAUAAACCCUUUCAGUUUGAGUGAAAGGUGUUUGAAAUGCUUUACCUCUGCUUGAAUGAAGAAGUGUGUGGUGGUUUGAGCGUGAGCUGUGUUUGAGUAGCUGACAUGACACCAUUUUUUUUUUUUGUCCAUGAAGGCAAACGCAAAUAUAACAUAAUUUGGUUCAAAUUGUGACCUACAAGUAACUGCCAAAAUAAUGGAAACACUUGAGUAAAUUAGGGAUACAAAGUAUAUUGAAAGCCGGUGAUUCCACACAGGUGUGGUUCCUGAGUUAAUUAAGCAAUUAACAUCCCAUCAUGCUUAGGGUCAUGUAUAAAAAUGCUGGACAGGCCAUGUCUAUGACCCCAUAGGAUGACAAUGCCCUCAUCCACAGGGCACAAGUGGUCAUUGAAUGGUUUGAUGAGCAUGAAAACGAUGUAAACCAUAUGCUAUGGCUGUCUGUCACCAGAUCUCAACCCAAUUUAACACUUUUAUAGGAGAUUCUGGAGUGGUGCCUUAAACAGCUUUUUCCACCACCAUCAACAAAACACCAAAUGAUGGUAUUUCUUGUGGAAUAAUGGUGUCACAUUCCUCCGAUAAGAGUUCCAGAUACUUGUAGAAUCUAUGCCAAGGUGCAUUGAAGCGGUUCUGGCUCGUGGUGGCCCAACGCCCUAUUAAGACGCUUUAAGUUGGAGUUUCCUUUAUUUUGGCAGUUACCUGUAUUACUAAAAGCUUUUGUUUUUUAAACUUGGAUCAUGAGUAAAUUCAUGCAGUGCAAUAUUUGUUUUCUUACCAUUUUGAACCAAACUGGGUGAUUGUCCAAUGGUGUGACUGUCCCAGGUAAGGUUGUGGAACUUUGAACUUAAGUCAAUUAAUGAAAACAGGAAUAAAAUUCCCUUCACCUACUCUUGUACUUAUGACACAGAAGUCUAUUUCAAGAAACCGUAUUCCCCAAGUCCAUUCAUGAUAUUUCCAAAUAAUUCUGAUUGAUUACAUUUUGUCCCUAAAAUCAAUGUCCACAUUGUGUGACACAAUUCUGUGAUUAAACAACGAGCCAGCAUUUGGGCAAAAACAAUAUACUUUUUAUUUAGACCUUUUUUGGAAGUACAUACCGUGUGUAAUGGCAGUAAUGAUGAUAGUUGCUCUGUGAAACUCCAUAUUUUGGUGAGUACCGUAUGUAUUUUGACAUAACGUUUGCAGAGCUGGUUAAUGGGACUUUGAAUUGAAGGAUCAUGGGCGUCAGAGGAGAACUUGUCAUAUUCAUAGUCUCCUCAAGCCCAGGUACUGGUUCAGGGUGCCGGCAAUAAAUAAAAGGGAAAAAAAGUGUUUUCUUUAACUAAAUUAAAAAAUAAAGUGGCACUCCAGUCUCCUUUUCACCUAAUUUAACACCUGAUUGCUGCUGCCUAUUGAAAUCACUGGCCACUUUAAGAAAUAGAACACUAGUCACUUUAAUAAUGUUUACAUAUCUUGCACUACUCAUCUCAUAUGUAUAUACUGCAUUCUAUUCUAUAAUAUUCUACUGUAUCUUAGUCCAUGCCGCUCUGUCAUUGCUUGUCCAUAUAUGUAUAUAUUCUUAAAUCCCAUUCCUAACUAGUUUUGUGUGUAUUGGGUAUAUGUUGUGAAAUUGUUAGAUAUUACUUGUUGGAUAUUACUGUACUGUCGGAGCUAGAAGCACAAGCAUUUUGCUACAGCCGCUAUAACAUCUGCUAAACACGUGUAUGUGACAAAUAAAAUGUGAUUUGAUUUACUUAACAAGUAAAGUCAUGACAUGGCAUGGGGGGUUUCCUCUUUUGUCUGUUGCGCCUCAAUUGUUCCUCAAGCAAAGGGGGAGGCUGAUGACAUCACUGAUUUCCCAUCGGAACCACUCCUUGAAUGCCCUACUCUUUGAAGUUUGCAGUUGUCAACAAAACACUAUUUUGCUCAAAACUUGUUUUUUUACCCUUGAGUGUGUGAACUUUACUGUAUUUAUACUUGGGAUAAUCGCUUUUCAACAGUAAAAGUAAAAAAAAUCGCUGCAGGAUGUCUGAGGCAGGGAACAUCAUCAUAAUACACAAGUAAACUAACGGUUUUUGUCAAAUUACUGUGAAUUUUACUCAAAAUGUAAUGGGGAGACACUUGGUUACUGUCAUUAUGCAAGUAAAUAAUGGGUUUUUCAAUUGAAAUUCCACAAUAUGAUUACUGAUUUGAAAACAGAAAAAAUAUAUUAAAAAAACAUUUGUCUAUUUGAGAAUCAUUAAACCUUUUUAUAUUAGCAUUAAUUAUGUCACACCAGAGGACAAAUUCAAGGCUCUAAUGCAUGAAAUGGUUAAUUAAUCUGGACAAAACAUUUUAAACACAGAUGGCCACGAAACAUUUGGAAUUGUUUAGAACUAUAUAUUUUUGUACUUACAUUUUAGAGUAAAUAUUUUUUCCACUUGUUUUGGCCAUAUGGCAACUACCCAUGUUGUACUCACUGAAAGUGUGCUUUGUGUGCAAUCUCACUAAAUAUUGAAUGCUACUUUGCCCCUUAGGGCCACUGUAGUAUAUUGUCACACAUAUUAAUUCUAUGGUGACCCCUCUUAUAAAUGUAAGCAUGUUAUGUAAUACGUCAUAGUCCUUUGUCCACGGGUAUCCAAUUAUUUGCCACGGUAGUCCAUUUAAGCCUCUUGCUUCCCGCUUCGCUCAAGGUAAAGGCGUUCUAGUCACUUGGGCAGGGAGUUCUAUGGAACUGUUGAUGUACUGUAGUGUAGCCUACAAGGUUUAAUUCACAGCUUCCAUCAGGCAUUUAUAGCUUAUCUGCUUGGAUAUCACGGUAUCUCUGUAAUAUGAUACAUCCUAGCACUGAAGCAAUACAUCCUGAAGCUCAUCCGUCAGAAAUGUUUUUUUUUUUUCCUUUUUCCUUCUUUCAUCUAAACUUCCCUGUAAUCACAUGAUGGGUGAAAGCACUGUUGCUGGUAGGCCUCAUCCAUAUAUUGCCUUCAUCCUUCCAGCCUUUGAUCAGAUCAGUACAGAUGAAGGAAAGGAUAGUCACUGAAGAGUUCUGAGACACACUAUGUCUGGGAUGGGGGAAUGCGGUCCUGUUUUGGAGGAGGCAAUAUUUUUGCUCCGGCCCAGCACUAACACACCCGAUUCAACUAAUCGAGGUCUUAAUCGAAGACUGAUUAGCUUAUCAUUUGAAUCAGUUGUGUUGGUGCUGGGCUGGAACAGAAGAAGACUUUUUUGCUCCGGCUUUUGCUCUAACACACCUGAUUGGACUGAUAGUAGCGGCCUACAUUGAAGAUGUAGGUGGAUUUGGAUCAUUUUGAAACACGUGUGUUAGUGCUGGACUGGAACAAAAGCAUGCACACACUGCGACCCGAACACCUGUGUAGUGGAUGCAUGUUGUACUGUACACCUCACAGGCCUGAUGUUCCCUUAACUCUUCUUUUCUCAUGUCCAGGAGACGCGUCUGAAAGAGGGCAUCGUCAAGCUACAGCCCCAGGAGGAACCUCUGCGCUCGGAACUGCUCAGUGGGAAGUUCACUGUGCUGGUGAGUCUAAUAGUUUCACGUUUUAAUGUCACGUACACAAGUACAGUGAAAUGCACGACUGUAAGUCGCUUUGGAUAAAAGCGUCUGCUAAAUGGCUUAUUAUUAUUAUUAUUAUUAUUAUUAUUAUAAAUGCCUUUAUUGCAAGCUCUAACCCCAACAAUUCAGUAAUCAAGAACAAUGUUAUUCUAAAAAAUAAGGUAGAACAGAAACACACAAGCCUCCUGUAGCUCAGUUGGUAGAGCAUGGCGCUUGCAACGCCAGGGUUGUGGGUUCGAUUCCCACGGGGGGCCAGUAUGAAAAAUGUAUGCACUCACUAAAACUGUAAGUCGCUCUGGAUAAGAGCGUCUGUUAAAUGACAAAAAAAAUAAAAUAAAAAUAAAUAAGACCACGAUUAAGUAAGUAAGCAUACUAUAUACAGGGUCAGUUCCAGUACCAUAUUUACAAUAUGCAGGGAUACUGGAUUGUUAGAGGUAGAUACUGUAUGUAUAGGGGUAAGGUGACUAGGCAUCAGGAUAUAUGAUUAACAGAGUAGCAGCAGCGUAUAUGAUGAUUGUAUGUGAGUGGGUGUGUGUAGAGUCAGUAUAAAUGUACAGUAUGUGCAUAAUUAUGUGUGUGUGUGAGCAAAUGAUAGAGUGAGUGUUUGUAUGUGUGUUGGAGUAUCAGUGGGCGUAGUGUGUUGGGCCCUGUGAGUGUGCAUAGGGACGGUGCAAAAAUAAGAAUAAAAUACAAAAGUCAACUCUGAUAGUCUGUGUAGAAAUUUAUUUAGCAGUCUUAUGGCAUGGGGAUCGAAGCUGUUCAGGAGCCUGUUGGUGUCAGACUUGAUGCACCAGUAUCACUUGCCAUGCGGAAGCAGAGAGAACAGUCUAUGGCUUGGGUGGUUGGAGUCUUUAAUGAUUUUCCAGGCCUUCCUUUCACACCACCUGAUUGUCCGCACCACCCUCUCUAGUGCCAUGCGAUCGAGGGCGGUGCUAUUUCCAUACCAAGCAAUGGCUUAUACGGAUAGGGCUAAAUUAAAAUGUUUCUUACAGAAUAAAUAUGGAAAGCAUAUGCAUAACCAUGGUAGCAAUUAAAAGGGAACAGUUUGGAGAUUAUGGGAAAAUUCUUAGACUAAAGGUAAGGACACAACAGUUCACCUGACAUGACUGAAUCCAAACAUUACACUGUUGAUCUAAUGUGCAUUUUACAUUUACAUUUUCACCGCAUUUGUUGUUAAUGAAAUCUCAAAAUACUCUGGAUACAUUCAGUAGUAUGAUAAUAAUAUGCUUGGAACAUUUGGGGUAGGUGAAACAUAAGACAAACAAAAUGACAAGGGUUUGAGUGCGAGGUCUAACUGGUGCUUCCAUGUGGCCACACACCUCUCCAAAGUGUGCACAGUUCCUAAGUAAUUUCAAUGCACUUUUAUGACUCAAAAAAGAGUCUUCAACUAUAAGGUGCUUUUUUGAGCUCCCCUAGCUGUGCCAUUAAGGAACCAGGGCAAGCACACUUGUAGUUGUUUUGAACACAGCCCUGCAUCCCCGCCUUUACACAAUUACGGGUACAAUUACAUGUCUGGGACCAACAGGACCUUGAAAAGCUUCUACCCCCAAGCCACAAGACUACUAAAUUGUUAGUUAAAUAGUUAACCAAUAGCUACUAUCUGCAUUGACCUUUUUUGCACUAACUCUUUUGACUCAUCGCAUACGCUGCUGCUACUGUUUAUCUGUCCUGUUGUCUUGUCACUUUAUCCCUACCUGGAGUGCCUUCAGAAAUUAUUCGCACCCCUUUACGUUUUCCACAUUUUGUUGUUACAAAGUGGGAUUAAAAUUGAUGUUUGUUUUUUUUACGAUCUACACAAAAGAAAAAUUGGAACGUUUGUCAAACAUGAAUGAAAAAUAAAACACUAAUAUACACUAUAUAUACAAAAGUAUGUGGACCCCCCUUCAAAUUAGUUGAUUCGGCUAUUUCAGCCACACCCAUUGCUGACAGGUGUACAAAAUUGAACACACAGCCAUGCAAUCUCCAUAGACAAACAUUGGAAGUAGAAUGGCCUUACGGAAUAGCUCAGUGACUUUCAACGUGGCACCGUCAUAGGAUGCCACCUUUCCAACAAGUCAGUUCGUCAGAUUUAUGCCCUGAUAGAGCUUCCCCGGUCAACUGAGUGUGGUUAUUGUGAAGAGGAAACGUCUAGGAGCAACAACGGCUCAGCCACAAAGUGGUAGGCCCCACAAGCUCACAGAAUGGGACCGGCGAGUGCUGUAGCGCGUAAAAAUCUUCUGUCCUCGGUUGCAACAUUCACUACCGAGUUCUAAACUGGCUCUGGAAGCAACGUCAGCACAAGAACUGUUAGUCGGGAGCUUCAUGGAAAAGUGUUCUCUGGAGUGAUGAAUCAUGCUUCACCAUCUGGCAGUCCGACGGACGAAUCUGGGUUUGGUGGAUGCCAGGAAAACGCUACCUGCCCGAAUGCAUAGUGCCAAAUGUAAAGUUUGGUGGAGGAGGAAUAAUGGUCUAGGGCUGUUUUUCAUGGUUUGGACUAGGCCCCUUAGUUCCAGUGAAGGGAAAUCUUAAUGCUACUGCAUACAAUGACAUUAUAGACGAUUCUGUGCUUUCAACUUUGUGGCAACAGUUUGGGGAAGGCCCUUUCCUUUUUCAGCAUGACAAUGCCCCCGUGCACAAUGUGAGGUCCAUACAGAAAUGGUUUGGAAUGCCGACUGCGAGCCAGGUCUAAUCGCCCAACAUCAGUGCCCAAUCUCACUAAUGCUCUUGUGGCUGAAUGGAAGCAAGUCUCAGCAGCAACAUCUAGUGGAAAGCCUUCCCAGAAGAGUGGAGGCUGUUAUGGCAGCAAAGGGGGGAUCAACUCCAUAUUAAUGCCCAUUUUGGAUUUUGGAAUGAGAUGUUUGACGAGUAGGUGUCCACAUACUUUUGGUCAUGUACUGUAUCUUGAUUAGAUAAGUAUUCAACUCCCUGAGAUAAUACAUGUUAGAAUCAUCUUUGGCAGCGAUUACAGCUGUGAAUAUUUCUGGAUAAGUCUCUAAGAGCUUUGCACACUUGAAUUGUACAAUAUUUGAACAUUCUUAUUUUAAAAAAAUUAUUUAAGCUCUGUCAAGUUGGUUGUUGAUCAUUGCUAGCAACUCCAGUGUAAAUUUGGCCUUGUGCUUUAGGUUAUUGUCCUGUUGAAAGGUGAAUUCAUCUCCCAGUGUCUGUUGGAAAGAACCAGGUUUUCCUGUAGGAUUUUCCCUGUGCUUAGCUCUAUUCCGUUUCUUUUAUCAUAAACUCCUUAGUCCUUGCCGAUGACAAGCAUACCCAUAACAUGAUGCAGCCACCACCAUGCUUGAAAAUAUGAAGAGUGGUACUCAGUGAUGUGUUGUGUUGGAUUUGACCCAAACACUUUGUAUUCAGGACAUAAAGUUAAUUUCUUUGGCACAUUUUUUGCAGUUUUACUUUAGUGCCUUAUUGCAGACAGGAUGCAUGUUUGGAAUAUUGUUAAUCUGUACAGGCUUCCUUCUUUUCACUGUUUUAAAGUCACCAUUGGUCUCAUGGUGAAAUCCCUGAGCGAUUUCCAUCCUCUCCGGCAACUGAGUUAGGAAGGACACCUGUAUCUUUGUAGUGACUGGGUGUAUUGAUACACCAUCCAAAGUGUAAUUACUAACUUCACUAUGCUCAAAUGGAUAUUCAUUGUCUGCUUUUUAUUUAAUUUUUACCCAUCUACCAAUAGGUGCCAUUCUUUGCGACGCAUUGGAAAACCUGCCUGGUCUUUGUGGUUGAAUCUGUGUUUGAAAUUCACUGCUCGACUGAGGGACCUUACAAUUAUCUGUAUUGGUCGGGUACAGAGAUGAGGUAGUCAUUAAAAAAAUAAUAAUGUUAAACACUAUUAUUGCACAGAGUCCAUGCAACUUAUUAUGCGAAUUGUUAAGCAUGUUUUUACUCCUGAACUUAUGUAUGCUUACCAUAACAAAGGGGUUGAAUACUUAAAAAAUAACAUUUUAAAAAAUCCAAACAUUUCGAAUAACAUUAUUCCACUUUGACAUUAUGGAGUAUUGUGUGUAGGCCAGUGACAAAAAAUCAAAAUUUCAUUCAUUUUAAAUUCAGGCUGUAAUACAACAAAAUGUGGAAAAAGUCACAACUAGCUAAAUUAUAAAAUACUAUCUUACAGUUUUAGGCUUUCACAAGGCAAUUCAGAGAAGCAGAUUUGUAAUUUUGAUGCGGAUAGAAUGGAGUCAUGAGUAGGGCUGUUACGGUGACACCACACCGGUGGUCAUGACAGCAGUAAAAUUCCAUGUGACCGUUUAGUCACGGUAACUAGGCAUCUCCAAGCUCUGAUGCUGCUGAUGGUCAUUAGUAGCCUAUCAAACUUGCUAACUGCCUUGUAUUCAGCACUCUAUUCUCCCUCAAUCACUCUGACAUCAAUGCAAAUCAAAUCAAACACUUUGAGAGACCAUGAGCUCAUGUUGCGCAACAUUUCUAUAUGCUAUGCAAUUGCGUGGGAAAACAGAGUGAUGGCCUCUAUUAAAAAGAAGAUGAUCCCAUCAGCGUUCUAUAGGCUAGGCCUACUAUAUUUAUUUAUUUAUUUAUUUAUUUAUUUAUUUAUUUAUCUAUUUAUUUAUUUAUUUAUUUAUUUAUCUACCAACUUUCCUAAUAUUAAGUACAUUGCUUCGCUUUACAACAGGAGUAUAGCCUACCUGGCUGGCAUGAAAAUGCACCACGGGAAACGCGUCCUCCAUUCGCUAUUUAAGUGCAUUUAGUUUUUUCAUACAUCUGUUCCGAGACAGGUGCAUGUUAAUGGUCCAUUCUAAAUCAAAACUAAUUUCACACAAUUAUUAUACUCUUAAAGGGAGUGCUCCUAAUCUCAGCUUGUUACCUGUAUAAAAGACACCUGUCCACAGAAGCAAUCAAUCAAUCAGAUUCCAAACUCUCCACCAUGGCCAAGACCAAAGAGCUCUCCAAGGAUGUCAGGGACAAGAUUGUAGACCUACACAAGGCUGGAAUGGGCUACAAGACCAUCGCCAAGCAGCUUGGUGAGAAGGUGACAACAGUUGGUGCGAUUAUUCGCAAAUGGAAGAAACAUAAAGGAACUGUCAAUCUCCCUCGGUCUGGGGCUCCAUGCAAGAUCUCACCUCGUGGAGUUGCAAUGAUCAUGAGAACGGUGAGGAAUCAGCCCAGAACUACACGGGAGGAUCUUGUCAAUGAUCUCAAGGCAGCUGGGACCAUAGUCACCAAGAAAACAAUUGGUAACACACUACGCCGUGAAGGACUGAAAUCCUGCAGCGCCCGCAAGGUCCCCCUGCUCAAGAAAGCACAUCUACAUGCCCGUCUGAAGUUUGCCAAAUGAACAUCUGAAUGAUUCAGAGGAGAACUGGGUGACAGUGUUGUGGUCAGAUGAGACCAAAAUCGAGCUCUUUGGCAUCAACUCAACUCGCGGUGUUUGGAGGAGGAGGAAUGCUGCCUAUGACUCCAAGAACACCAUCCCCACCGUCAAACAUGGAGGUGGAAACAUUAUGCUUUGGGGGUGUUUUUCUGCUAAGGGGACAGGACAACUUCACCGCAUCAAAGGGACGAUGGAUGGGGCCAUGUACCGUCAAAUCUUGGGUGAGAACCUCCUUCCCUCAGUCAGGGCAUUGAAAAUGGGUUGUGGAUGGGUAUUCAAGCAUGACAAUGACCCAAAACACACGGCCAAGGCAACAAAGGAGUGGCUCAAGAAGAAGCACAUUAAGGUCCUGGAGUGGCCUAGCCAGUCUCCAGACCUUAAUCCCAUAGAAAAUCUGUGGAGGGAGCUGAAGGUUCGAGUUGCCAAACGUUAGCCUCAACCAUAAUGACUUGGAGAAGAUUGGGAGUGGGACAAAAUCCCUCCUGAGAUGUGUGCAAACCUGGUGGCCAACUACAAGAAACGUCUGACCUCUGUGAUUGCCAACAAGGGUUUUGCCACCAAGUACUAAGUCAUGUUUUGCAGAGGGGUCAAAUACUUAUUUCCCUCAUUUAAAAUGCAAAUCAAUUUAUAACAUUUUUGACAUGCGUUUUUCUGGAUUUUUUUAUUGUUAUUCUGUCUCUCACUGUUCAAAUAAACCUACCAUUUAAAAUUAUAGACUGAUCAUGUCUUUGUCAGUGGGCAAACUUACAAAAUCAGCAGGGGAUCAAAUACUUUUUUCCCUCACUUUUUAGGUGACGCGUGAGUUUCAAGUUUGGGGAAGAUAAUUUUCACCAUAAAAAUUCAGAUUUUAUAAUAAAGCAUUACAUGCAUAAUCUCAUUUGCGGUCACUUUUGAGAACAGUGUUUUCCCCCUAAUUGAUUGCAUUUUGGAACAUUCGCGCUUAUAGCCUACUGCAGUGUGUGCAUUGCUGCGCUUAUAAUGUAAUGUCAAGACAACUCAGGGUAUAACACAAUGUCAUCUUGUAACGGUAUAUCAAACAUAGUGAUCAUAAAUGUUGACGCUGUACACUGAGUGUAGAAAACAUUAAGAACACCUUCCUAAUAUUGAGUUGCCCUCAGAACAGCCUCAAUUCGUCGGGACAUGGACUCUACAAGAUGUCAAAAGUGUUCCACAAGGAUGCUGGCCCACAGUUGUGUCAAGCUCGCUGGAUGUCCUUUGGGUGGUGGACUAUUCUUGAUACACACAGGAAACUGUUGAGCAUGAAAAACACAGCAGCAUUGCAGUUCUUGACACAAAACAGUGUGCCUGGCACCUGCUACCAUACCACGUUCAAAGGCACUUAAAUCUUUUGUCUUGCCUAGUCACCCUCUGAAUGGCACACAUACACAAUCCAUGUCUCAAUUGCCUCAAAGCUUAAAAAUCCUUCUUUAACCUGUCUCCCCCCAUUCAUCUACACUGAUUUGAAGUGGAUUUAACAAGUGACAUCAAUAAGGGAUCAUAGUUUUCACCUGGUCAGUUAAUGUCAUGGAAAGAGCAGGUGUCCUUAAUGUAAUUUACACUCACUGUAUAUGACAUGAGUUUUAUGAUAUGGAAAUGUGAGGUGCACAUUUGGACUGUGGUGUUUGGCUUGCUUGUAUGACAUCAAUGCGGUAUUAUGAUCCUCAACGUCUCAUCUUUCAAAAAACAUUGAGUCCUCGUAAGUUACAGCAUUUCCCUCACUCAAGCAACAACAAAUGUGCAAAAGCUGCCAAAUUAGCGGGAGGAUGUGGGAAACUUCUUGUCGUGCGUGGUGGUCAAGUUCAGAACGGCUGUCAGUGAAAAUUGUUACAGAGCUGUGAAGCAGAGUCCCUGAGCUCUGAUGUCAUGUAUAGCAUGUUACUGUACAGCCACUGCGUUCCAAUUUAGGCGCUUAUCAGUGUCGAAAUCUGACAUUUUCAACCCAUAUACGGGUUUACUACUGCUACUGCUGCUACUACUACUACUACUACUACUACUACUACUAGAAAUUGUAUCAGAAAUUGGAUUGGACGUUGAAUUCAAGAUGGUAUUUUAUAGUAAUUCACAAUUGUGAAUGAUAAUGGUAAACUGCGCAGAGUUUCAGCAAGAAUCUGGGGGGGGUGGGGGGUGGUGUGUAGAUAUCAGAAUGUUGGGUGUAUGGUAUUAUUUAGAUGACUGUUGGAAUGGGUUAAUAAUAACUCAAUGGUUCAAAUAGAGAAGUUAGGGUCCUUCAAUGUAGUUUGUCUUGGACUGGGAUCAAGUGUGGUAGUGAAGGGUCCCUCCCUCUCUCCCUGCCCUCCUUGCCAGGAAAUCUGAGUCAGUCGACAGGGCUAGAGCUAUGACAGCUGAUUGUCACAGAUCCCUCUUUUCUCCCCCCUCCCUCCCCAUUGUCACGCCACUGCCAGUCUGCUGCAUCGAUUUGAGACAACCUCCUUCCUCAUAGAAAGAAGACUUCCACCACUUCAGCACUGGCCCUCUGUCUGUAUCCUGUCGGGUAUUUUUAGUAACAAGGCUAUUUUGCCCUCAAAUAACAGGAGUGUCCAGGGCCCGUAUUCAUAAAGCGUCUCGGAGCAGGAGUGCUGAUGUAGGAUCAGGUCUUCCCUGUCCAUGUCAUCUUAUUCAUUAUAAUCUAAAAGGCCAAACGUAUCUUAUUAGGCACUCUCACUCUGAGACACUUUAUGAUCUGUGAAUAAUUGCCUUUUUUGGGCAGAGGGUAAAUAAAUUAGUCAAAAUAGUCACUCAAUCCACUUUUUGGAUGCUGGGGUGAGUGUCAAUUGUGGCGAAAUGUAUUGUAUGCUCUUCACUGUUGCGGUUCAGACUAGAGACUAUUCAGUUGAAAUUCUGUCAUUUUGAAUAGGUCACACAGUUACGCACAGUGCACGAACAAUGUCCUUUCAUUGAUACUCCAGUAACCUGGUAACUUGUUUUAAUGAAAUGGGACCCUAGUUUUAACAAUGGUUGCCUCUUAAGUGGGAUGUCCCAUUCAUACUGAUAGUUUCAUACAAGUCACUCCUUCAGAGAUAUGAGGCGGCGCCCAUUUUAAAUCUGACUGUGAACCCAGGCGCCUCCAUCUGGCCAAAGCUCUCAUUGCUUCUCGUGGUCAUGUCCACUCUGCCACCUUGUGGUCAACCUGAACCCAGACCCCAUUUUAGAUACUUGGACCUGCAGGCUGGAUCCAGUGUGCAACUAGUUCUGGAUGCACUUCUUCUGUAAACUGUAUGCACCUCUGUCAGAAUACCACUUACAAUUCCCUGUGUAUUUAUAUCAAUGUAGAAAAUGUGAAAUGAAUACUAAAUUAAACUUGCAGUCCCCUUUUUUUUUUUUUAAUGACUUCUGAUUUGUGAUGCUGCUUGUUCUCCUAAUUUCCUCACCUAAGGUGCUGUAUAGAAUCUCAUUCGAAUGUUAGGGCUGUUGGCGUCUGUGCCUAAGCGGUGCAGCCAAGAAGCACACCCUAAUCUCUCCUUCCUUUUGACCCGUCUCUGUUCUGUUCUACUAGAGUGUGCGAGACCCAUCGGGCGCCUCCAUAGCCUUGUACACAGCCAAGCUCCACCACCCCAACAAGACAGGCAACCAUGUUGUCCUACAGGCUCUCUUCUACCUACUGGACCAGGCUGUGGAGAGGUGAGAACAAAGAUGCAUAUAUUAUAAUAUAUAUGUCAUAUAGCAGACACUUUUAUCCAAAGUGACUUAGCCAUGCGUGCAUACAUUUUUUUACGUAUGGGUGGUCCCGGGAAUCACACCCACCAUCAUGAUGUUGCAAGCGCCACGCUCUACCAACUGAGCUACAGAGGACCAGUAUUAGCCUAUUAUGUGUUCUGUUCAGUUAUGUGGAUGAGACUCCGGCUUAAAUGACUGGAUUUUCUUUUUCAAUAAAAGGAAAUUGAUCAAGACCAUUGGGUAAAGAAAACAGACAAAUUGGACGAAAUAUGAGACAUGUUGGUGUUACACUGUGACAGUGUGUUGUGAAAGUGUGUGUAAUGUGUAUGACCUGACAGUUGAUUUUUGAAUCUUUAUUUUACGCCACUAAUUAUGUGCAGCUGUUAGCGCCUAAGUCAUGCAUUAUAGUGCAUUAUGCAGAGCACAAGGCAUUAUAAAUAUGCUUAUAAUGUAUUAUGAAGAGGGUAUUACCAACAUUUUUUCUUUCUCUCUCUCUUCCCCUAGCUUUGAAACGCAAAGAAACGGCCUGGUGUUCAUUUACGACAUGGCGGGCUCCAACUACACCAACUUUGAGCUGGACCUCAGCAAGAAGAUCCUCAACUUACUCAAGGUUAGAACGUACUGAGCCAGCGUAUUGUAGUAGUGUAUCAAUAUCUGUUCACCAGGCUAAUAUGUUGACAAAAAUGUACACUGUAUGUUUCUGAAAAAGUGGCCAGGAUUGCGAAACCGUUCCAAAACUGCAGCUCUGCUCUCCUCUCCCCCAGGGGGCGUUCCCUGCCAGGCUGAAGAAAGUGUUGAUAGUGGGCGCCCCUGUCUGGUUCCGCGUGCCCUACAACCUGCUGAGCCUACUACUUAAGGAAAAACUCAGGGAGAGGGUGAGUGCAGUGGUAUAAUUCUCACUAUGGGCAGAAUCAUAUCUUUAGAAACAAGCACCGAGUCCAACUAUAACUGUCAAGAAUGUGUGACAGUGACAGACGCUUUCCUCCAAACCGACUAACUAAGUAUAUGUGGCCCAUGCAAGAAUUACACUCACAACCCUGGUGUUGCUAGCACCAAGCAAGCUGUGCCAUCAGUUGCCAUCAAAACACAGUGGUUUUUCAGAUGCAGCAUGAUGGAGAUAUGUUCUGGCAUGGUGCCUAUCCUCCCAGUGCAGAGCAAAGCAUGGCCCCUGUGUCUCUAAAGACAUUGCACCAGUAACCCCUUUCACUCCCUGCCCUAGUUUGGGAACAUCUUCUAGUAAGGAGUGCGCUAGUAAGGAGCAGAUAAACACUCCUGGGACCUGGGGAUGAUCAUUAUGAUCCCUUCCAGUGUAUAAAACCUGACAUUGGAAGGUGAACCGCUGUCCACCCCUGCAAUGUAAUUGAUACACAAGGCACUUCCUCAGCUGUCAUGAUUGAUGGAUUCAAGGUGUCUCCACGGUGACCUCUACACAGGAAGUCACUCCCCUCAGGGAAAGCGAACGUUUUGGGAUCAGGAAUCUCCACUGCAGCAUCCAAAAUGGCACUCUACACCCUAUAUAGUGCACUACUUUUGAUCAGAGCCCUAUGGACCCUAGUCAAAAGUAGUGCACUAUAUAGGGAAAAAGGUGCCCUUUUAGACUCAGUCCAUGUCACUGUAGAUUUCACUAAACAUAUGACAAAUCUUUCACUUGCCUCUGAUAGAUACAGUAUGUACUGUAUCUCUUAAAGCAGAUUAGUUAAGAAGGCAGUAGGAGAGUGAUUUGAUUUUCCUCACCAGAACUAGGAAGACGAUUGAGUUAGUCAUUGAUGAUCUUGUUUAACUUUAACCUGCAUCUUUUCAUGAACUGGAGAGGAGGUCAUGAUAUUGAGUGCUUGGUGUUAUCACCACAAUCACAUUAUUCAUUGAUGAGAUGACGUUUGUAGAAUGGCUCUAAUAUGCAACAUCAGAACUGGAAUCCAUUUAUUGAUCGGCAUGGGAGCAUAAAUGAAAGCACACUGUUUUUUUCAGUGUUUCCCAAACUCGGGCCUGGCAGCUUUGAUUAUUUCAAUCAGCUGUGUAGUGACAGGGCAAAAACCAAAACGUGCAUCCAGGGUGGGCCCCAGGAAUGAGUUUGGGAAACCCUGGUUUUAUUCAUCGACUUCCUAUUUUUUUCAAAUCGAGUCACAUUUUCAAUCUGAUGUCUUGUCCCAUGAUUCAUUUAAUGGAAUGAAAUCAACCUAAUCCCCUAUUAUUGUACAGAAUCCAUUUAGAACAUCCUCAAGACUGAAACCUACAGCUUACAAAUCAGGAUGUCCUAAAAAAGGAUUCCAUACUUGUAUUGACAUGUGGUCCAGUUUGAAUGACGUGAGUGUGUUUCGAAACGGAGCAAGGAUGUCAUUUGACUGUGGUAGGUGAAGCCCUCACUCUCUCCUACCUCCUUCCCCUCUCCACUCCCAGGUCCAGAUGGUCAAAAUGUCUGACCUCCGCCAGCACCUCCCACGGGACUGUCUCCCUGAGCACCUGGGGGGGCUGCUGCCCCUGGACGCCCACGGCUGGAACCAGCAGCUCCUGGCUGGGCAUAACGGCCGCGUGGAUCCCGUGGAUGAGCUGGUUGGCAUCCCCCUGGAGGACUCGUCAGUCCACAACCCCGGGCCGGAGGCCAUGCGCCUACCUGAGCUCGUUGCCCACCUGGGCAGGCUCCAGCGCUCAGGCAUCCACCUGGAGUAUGAGGAAAUCCGCAAGGAGCAACCACCAGGGACAUUCCACUGUGCCCUGUGAGUAGAUGGGUAGAAGCACUUUUAAAGGGUUAGCUUUGGGUUAGUCUACAUUUCCAGGCUUUUGAGCUGCACGGGGAGAAGCCUAGACCGUUAAGACCCGUAUUCACAAAGCGUCUCAGAGUAAGAGCUGAUCUAGAAUCAGAUCCCUCCAGUCCAUAUAAUCUUGUUCUUUAUGAUCUAAAAGGCAAAACUGAUCAUAUACCUGCACUCCUACUCUGACUCUUUGUGAGGCCCAUGAACCCUCACUGGGUUAAAAAUGAGAGGAGACUAUGUGGGUUUAUCAAUUAAACCAAGCAGGUAGCUUAGUGGUUAAGAGCGUUGUGCCAGUAACCGAAAGGUCGCUGGUUCUAAUCCCCGAGCCGACUAGGUGAAAAAUCUGUCUGUGACCUUGAGCAAGGCACUUAACCCUAAUUGCUCCUGUAAGUCGCUCUGGAUAAGAGUGUCUGCUAAAUGACUAAAAAUGUAAGAAGCAAAGCAUCAAACUGGGUGGCAAAACUUUGCACCAGUCCCUUGGAGUUGGAACUUGAUGUAAUGUUUUAUGAUAUUCAUAAAUCACCACUGGUUGAUUUGUAUCUGUCAAAAUCUCUCCAGUACUGCAUACAACCAGGAGAGGAAUCGCUAUGGGGAUGUCCUGUGUCUUGACCAAACAAGAGUUCGCCUGGUAGCUAGACGAAACGAGGUGUGUACUUCUCAAAAGUCAAAUGACAAUGUCAUCAUGCAGUUACAAAGUUUACAGAAUCAUAACAUAAGAGAUAUCAGUAACACUUUCUAGGAACCACCUGUGCAUAGUGCAUACAGUGCCUUCACUAAGUAUUCACACCCCUGACUUAUUCCACAUUUUGUUGUUAAAGCCUGAAUUCAAAAUGGAUUAAAUAUUAUAAUUGUUUUCGUCCAUCCUACACAAUACCCCAUAAUGACAAAGUGAAAAUAUAUUUGUUUAAAUGUUUGCACAUUUAUUGAAAAUGAAAUACAGAUAUCUCAUUUAUAUAAGUAUCCACACCCCUGAGUCAAUACUUUGUAGAAGCACCUUUGGCAGCAAUUACAGAUUUGAGUCAUCUUGAAUAUGUCUGUAUCAGCUUUGAACAUCUGGAUUUGGGGAUUUCUCCCAUUCCUUGCAGAUUUUCUCAAGCUCUGUUUAGUUAGAUGGGGAGUGGCGGUGAACAGCAAUCUUCAAGUCUUUCCACAGAAUUUCAAUGGGAUUUAAGUCUGGGCUUUGGCUAGGCCACUCAAGGACUCACAUUCUUGUGCUGAAGCAAUUCCAACGUUGCUUUGGCUGUAUGCUUUGGGUCAUUGUCCUGUUGGAACGUAAAUCUUCGCUCCAGUCUAAGGUUGUUUGCACUCUGAAGCGGGUUGUCAUUGAUGAUUUGCCUGUAUUUGGCUCCAUUCAUUGUUCCCUCUAUCCUUACCAGUCUCCCAGUCCCUGCCGCUGAAAAGCAUCCCCAUAGCAUGAUGCUGCCACCAUCAUGCUUCACGGUAGGGAUGGUGUUAGACGGGUGAUGAGCUGUGCCUGGUUUUCUCCAGACAUAGCGCUUUGCAUUCAGGCCAAAGAGUUCAGUUUAUGUCGCAUCAGACCACAUAAUCGUUUGCCUUAUGCUCUGAGUCAUUCAUGUGCCUUUUUGCAAACUCCAGGCGUGCUGUCAUGUCCCUUUUCCUCAGGAGUGGCUUCCGUCUGGCCACUCUCCCAUAAAGCCCAGAUUGGUGAAGUGCUGUAGAGACUGUUGUCCUUCUGGCAGGUUCUCCUAUCUCAGCCAAGGAACUCUGUAGUUCUGUCAGAGUGGUCAGUGUGUUCUUGGUCACCUCCCUGACCAAGGUCCUUCUUGCCCGGUUGCUCAGUUUGGUCGGACGACCAGAGUCUGGCACAGUCUGGGUAGUUCCAUAUUUCCCAAUGAUGGAGACCGCUGUGCUCUUGGAAACUUUCAACACUCUAGAAAUUGAAACUUCCCCAGAUAUAUGCCUCAUCACAAUUAUAUCUCAGAGAUCUACUGACAGUUCCUUGGACUUCAUGGUAUAGUUUCUGCUCUGAAUAUGCACUAUCAACUGUGGGACCUAAUAUACUGAGUGUACAAAACAUUAGGAACACCUGCUCUUUCCAUGACAUGGAUUGACCAGGUGAAUCCAGGUGAAAGCUAUGAUCCCUUAUUGAUGUCACCUGUUAAAUCCACUUCAAUCUGUGUAGAUGAAGGGAAUGAGACCGGUUAAAGGAGGAUUUUUAAGCCAACAUGACACAACUGUGGGAAGCAUUGGAGUCAACAUGGGCGAGCAUCCCUGUGGAACGCUUUCGACACCUUGUAGAGUCCAUGCCCCGAUGUAUUGAGGCUGUUCUGAGGGCAAAGGGGGUGCAACUCAAUAUUAGGAAGGUGUUCCUAAUGUUUUGAACACUCAGUGUAUAGACACAGGUGUUUCUUUCUAAAUCAUGUCCAAACAAUUGAAUUGGCCACAGGUGGACUCCAAUCACGUUGUAGCGAUAGUUCAAGGAUGAUCGAAGGGAAUUGGAGUGUCCAUAGCAAACGGGUGUGAAUACUUACACUACUGGUCAAAAGUUUUAGAACACCUACUCAUUCAAGGGUUUUUCUUUAUUUUUUUCUAUUUCCUACAUUGUAGAAUAAUAGUGAAGACAUCAAAACUAUGAAAUAACACAUGGAAUCAUGUAGUAACCAAAAAAGUGUUAAACAAAUCAAAACAUAUUUUAUAUUUCAGAUUCUUCAAAUAGCCACCCUUUGCCUUGAUGACAACUUUGCACACUCUUGGCAUUCUCUCAACCAGCUUCACCGGGAAUGCUUUUCCAACAGUCUUGGAGUUCCCACAUAUGCUGAGCACUUGUUGGCUGCUUUUCCUUCACUCUGCCAUCCGACUCAUCCCAAACCAUCUCAAUUUGGUUGAGGUCGGGGGAUUGUGAAGGCCAGGUCAUCUGAUACAGCACUGCAUCACUGUUUUUCUUGGUGAAGGUGUGUUGGGUCAUUGUCCUGUUGAAAAACAAAUGAUAGUCCCACUAAGGCCAAACCAGAUGGGAUGGCAUAUUGCUGCUGAAUGCUGUGGUAGCCAUGCUGGUUAAGUGUGCCUUGAAUUCUAAAUAAAUCACUGACAGUGUCACCAGCAAAGCACCCCCACACCAUAACACCUCCUCCUCCAUGCUUUAGGUGGGAAAUACACAUGCGGAGAUCAUCAGUUCACCCACACCGAGUCUCACAAAGACACAGCAGUUGGAACCAAAAAUCUCAAAUUUGGACUCCAGACCAAAGGACACAUUUCCACCAGUCUAAUGUCCAUUGCUCGUGUUUCUUGGCCCAAGCAAGUCUCUUCUUAUUAUUGGUGUCCUUUAGUAGUGGUUUCUUUGUAGCAAUUCGACCAUGAAGGCCUGAUUCACACAGUCUCCUCUGAACAGUUGAUGUUGAGAUGUGUCUGUUACUUGAACUCUGAAGCAUUUAUUUGGGCUGCAAUUUCUGAGGCUGGUAACCCUAAUGAACUUAUCCUCUGCAGCAGAGGUAACUCUGUGAAUGAAUAGGUGUUCUAAUACCUUUGAAUUAGAUAUUUCUAUAUUUCAUUUUCAAUAAAUUUGCAAAAAUGUCUGAACAUGGUUUCACUUUGUCAUAAUGGGGUAUUGUGUGUAGAUGGGUGAGAUUAUAUAUAUUUUUAAUCAAUUUUGGAUUCAGGCUGUAACACAACAAUGUGGAAUUAGUUAAGGGGUAGGAAUACUUUCUGAAGGCAUUGCCUUGCAUCAAGGACAAAGUGCAUUAGAAGACUUGCUGUAAGCAUUCCCAUCUUUGUAAAUGCACAUAUGCCUACGCAUUACAUGUGGUUCCUAGAACUUUAAAUAUUAAUUUAAAUGUUGUAUUAAUCUUAAGACAAAAAAACACAUAACUGAGCUAUAUUGUCGUAUGUUUGUAUUUAAUAGACUCUCCAUCUCUUUCAGCCUCUAAUAGAAUGUUGAAAGGUCAUCUUUGGUUCAGGUGCUUGUAAAAUAAAGCCUUUAGUUUUACACUCAGCAGGCUCACCAAAGCCCUCUGAUAAAUGGCUCAAAACCACCUUGAUAGCGCUAUAUUUCUAUACACUACAUUCCUUUGGCAUUUGUCCAACAGGGCUCUAUAAUGUUAUCUGAAUUGCCACUGUACAGCUUUGAUGUUUUAAGAGCCCUAUUCUCUUGGUCGCUGUGACAAUGUCCUGUUUGUUCCCACAGAGAUCGGACUACAUCAACGCCAGCUUCAUGGACGGCUACAAACAGAAGAAUGCGUACAUCGGUACUCAAGGUACAAAGAUGGCCGUCUAUGACACCUGCUAGUUUCACCAUCAGAGACUUUUGCACAAAUAAUUGUUUAUGGGAUAUUAAUUCAUUUGUAAGAGGUUCCUUUGGUUCUCAAACUAUUGGUAUUUUAGUAACGCUAAAGUCGACAGGUAUAAUGCAUUAUGAUGUGGUGUAUGCAUUGGAAGACUUGUCAUAAGCAUUUAUGACCCCCUGAUAUUUAACUAAAUCAUUUUGAGUCAGUUGAAAAUGUGAUGCAUAAAGACACAUUUUAAAUGCCCAGUGCAGUCAAAAACGUGAUUUUCCUGUGUUUUAUAUAUAUUUCCACACUGAGGUUGGAAUAAUACAGUGAAAAUGAUAAUAAUGCCCUUUUAGGGUAACAGCCUGUUUUGGUGGGAUGGAGUUUUGGCCUGCCUGGUGACAUCACCAGGAGGUAAAUUAGUUAAUAGACCAAUAAGAAAGAGUUCCAAACCUCUCGGCCAAUAACAGCUAGUUUUCAGUUUUCCUUUCCCGACUCAGACCACUCCCAGACAGUCCUAGCAAAAUUCUUGCUUGAGAAAUUGCUCUUGCUAAGAAGCUGUUUUUGUUUCUUUUUGACCAUUUUCAUUGAAAACAAUCACAGUAAAGUACUUAAUUGUUACCCAGAUUUUAUAUUUAGAUCAAAAUGGCUACUUUGGGCAUUUAACAUAUAGCAUGUUAUAAGUGGAUACGACCGCGAUGACCAGACGCUCUCGGACUAUGAGAGAAAACGUAGUCUGAUGAAAAGAGUAGCAGUGUUCUCUGGGGUGAUCCAUGUCAGGGCCAAAAUGUCAAGGGACUGAAGGGCAGCAUAGGCUGAAAUGAACUCUACAUUCUUGACCGCAGAACGGCAGUUCCAAAUAUUGCCAGAAGCUUUAAUUUCGGUGAUUACUAGUGAGCAGGACACAGUCAAGAAACUGUAUAAAUGUAGGUCCAUUAUCAUUUCUACACAGUUUCAAUUUGGUUUUUGUCCUUUUAAAGUAUUUUAGUUCAGGAAUUGGCGUAAGCAGCAUGAGUCCAUAGCCCAAUCCUGCCUGGCAUCAACGGUAUAGGCUGGUAGUGUAAUGAUGUGGGGAAUGUUGUCCUAACAUGUUUGGUCCCUUGAUACCAAUUGAGCAACGUUUCCAUCCCCCAAAUAAUUCAGGCUGUUCUGGAGGCAAAGGGGGGUCCGACCUGGUACUAGGUCGACGUACCUAAUAAACUGGACACUGAGUGUCACACAUACACAGGCUGUAUGUUUGACACCACUGCUUUAUGAUGUCUUUAUUAUAAGGUAUAUCACAAGUAGUUAAUUCCCUUCAUUCUACUCUGCUGUCCAUAGGACCACUGGAGAAAACCUAUGGGGAUUUCUGGAGAAUGGUCUGGGAGCAAAACGUGCUAGUCAUUGUCAUGACAACAAGGUAGUUCAUCUUCUUACAUAUUUGUUUUACUCAGUGGGAUUUGAAACUAUAUCAAUUCUUAAUUGUGGCAUGAAGUAGAGUAUUGUUGUUAAAUGAGUCAUUGACAUUUGGAAUUGUUGAUAUGUGGUGACUGUUGUGAACCAGAUGCAGAUGUAGGUUACAAUGGGGCACUUCCUAGAGGUUCUUGAGUUCUAGAAAGAUCGUCAAUACCCUCAUGGAGAUAAUUGAUCUGCGUGUUGCAGGACGGACGAGGGAGGUCGGAAGAAGUGUGGUCAGUACUGGCCUCUGGAGGAAGGCGGUCAGGAGGUAUACGGUCACAUGGCUGUGGUUAACCAGAGAGUGGACAACCACUCCCACUACAACCAGACCACCCUGGAGCUGCACAACAUGGAGGUACAGUAUCUAGCUACAGGUCUAAAGUGACCUCUGCUCCCUUUACCCAAGGAAGAACACAUGCUUUCCCAACGCUGAAUUUGUAUUUUUUCCAAGGACAGAAAUCUGAGAUUAUCUAGCUAUAGCACACACUACUAUCUCUUCUCAAACUGUUGGCUAACAUCAAAACUUCCAUCAAGUUUGAACAUGUAAGAAAACGAUUGCAAAAUAUUGGUGGUUGUUCACCCAUUUGAAGCUCAUCUCAUGGGCUGUGUGUGUGUCUGUCUGUACUGUCCUAACCAGAAUUGUGAGCAGAGGCGGGUGACCCACUUCCAGUACCUGAGCUGGCCCGACUACGGUGUCCCCACCUCGGCCGUGACGCUCAUCGACUUCCUGGGGGCCGUCAAGAGGCAGCAGAGGCAGGCAGUGAAGGCCAUGGGGCCCCAGUGGAGGGGCCACCCCCUGGGACCCCCCAUGGUGGUUCACUGCAGUGCUGGCAUCGGCAGAACAGGUGAACUAUUCAUUCUCACUGACGACCACCACUCCUUUAGUCUAUGCGUCAGACUCAUUCUAGUCCUUGAGUCCCAAAUAAAGACACAUAAAACAUGACAUCAUAAAGGUUCAUACAUGCUUAUAUCGAGAACUUAAUUAUCUUCUUUCCUCCCAAUGUGUAACGCACAGAAUGAAAUAUAAUCUCUAUGGACAGUCAUAGGUGUCACCUCAAUUUCUCUAAUAGGGAUUCUAUUUCUAUGGCCAUCACCUUGGCUAUAAUGUAUGGAGGCCAUAGUGAACUAAAGUUAUUCCUGCAUUUUCCCCACAACAACACAUCUGUUAAUAAUGAUGUUUCCCCCCUUCCCUCUCCUGUCCCCAGGUACCUUCUGUGCCCUGGACAUCUGUCUGUCCCAGCUGCAGGAUGUGGGGAUGCUCAACGUGUGUCAGACGGUGCGGCGGAUGAGGACACAGAGGGCCUUCACCAUCCAGACCCCCGACCAAUACUACUUCUGCCACAACGCCAUCCUGGAGCACGCUCAGAGACAGGGCCUGCUCUCAGCCAAUCAGUGA